GUAAUCCAUGUAGGAAUACUGCAAUGUCUCCCGGUUGAUUUAUCUUUCCACGUCAACCACCCUCUAUCAAAAACGAAAGUCUUCAUGACCCAAGACAUCACGAACGAAAGUUCACUCUUGCGACAAGCAUCGUCACCGACCACUCCGGCCAUCAUUGCGAGACCAACGAUUUCUGCAUCGGCGUGGCGGGUCUGGUACUCCACGACCGUGAAAUUGUUGCCAACCAUUGCAUUCUUCUCGUUCCUGACAGCCAACCUCGCCUUUCAUAGUCAUCUCGCACUACCCUUCUCAUUCGACGGUAACGGCAGAAUAGAUCCGAAAGAAAUUGGCCGACAAAAGUUGCUUCGCGGAAACCAAACCCAUGUUAUUGAUCCUUUACAAAAUAAGCAGAAAAUGAAAUUGUCUCUGUGGCUUAUUCCACCGGGAGGCGAGGACCUCACCGAUGCCGGUGACAGGAAGAGCAAUGUGUACGGACAAACCCUGCAGGUGAUCGACGAAUUGUCCGGGAGAUUCGGCGGACCAAAGUUCAUCCCACACAUAACAGUGGUCGGUGGGAUCCAGGUCGACUCGGAAAAAGAGGCAAACGAUUUGUCGAAACGACUUUCCGAGGGACUCGCAGGAUUUGGUACAGUACAAUGCGAUUUUCGAGAUAUUUUACAGGAGCCAGGUUGUUGGAACCAAGCAUUGAUCUUAGAAAUGAUUCCUUCUAAGACCUUCGUGGAACUGUGUGAAUUGUCGCGCCGGCUCUUGAAUAUGGAACAAGAAGGAGAUUGCAUUACGUUUCCUCCGCCCGCGGGAGUCCCGCACAUGAGUUUGUUUUAUGGAGAUUCCCCUUUGGAUGGCUCCGACUCGCAAACGGGUCGAGACGACUAUCUUGCUCGGGUGUUCGGUACAGAUAGCAAUGGUAUUGGCGAUGACAAAAAAUCAUUCCAAAGUCAUCGCGUGAUGCUUUGGAAGACUGAUCCGUCUUCUGCAUCGGGCGUCCCGGAGUGGAAACCUUUGAUCGAUAUUGGUCUUCUCUGAUUUUAUCGGAUCAACACUGCUUUUAUGAUCAACUAAGUUUGCAUUCGAUUCAAAUCGCGUGUUGGCAUUGGACUGAUCAUUUAUCCUUUACUUCGGGUUGGCAGUCCUAGGUUUCUCUAUAACUGUGCCGAACGUCUAGAUCAUAGACAAAGUUCGAAGUCGAUAUUUUCAGUUGUGGCGCAAGGGCGCCACGAAUUUAUUGGAUACCGCAUUACGUUGCCAAAAGUGAUGCCCAUCUCCUCAACUGCAACUAUGUUCGACACCCAAAAGAUCGAAAAUAUUAGGAGAAGAAACCCUCUUUAAUCUCUGAAAUGUGAAGUAUUUCAUUUGCUAUAUUACUGAAAUGAUUGGUGGGAGUUUCAAGAAUAAUUCUUGAGAUUUCAAAUCAAUCCUAGAAAAUAUCAGAAGUCAUUUCGUCACGAAUUUUAUUAAGUUGCGAUCUCGAUACGUUAUGACUGCUACCAGAUCACUGCAACGGACGAGGCAAAAGCUACAGCAGCUAAAAAAGAAAACCCCGUGACGCCAGUAUAUGCAGAAGAUUUUUCACUCAUUUCUUUCUCCUUGAUGUCGUCAUGGGCAGCCUCCUCAACCGGAGCGGCCGUAUCAUCCUCGACCUCGGUCGAUGCAGCAAGAGUCUUGAAGAGUGACAUCAUACUCGUCCAAGAUCGCGAGUCCGCUAUCUCGUUGUAGGCUGAAAAUGGGCCUGUACCCCACUUCGUAAAUCCAUGAUUUGCAUCUGUUGAUGUCGAAGAGCAAACUGAUGGUUAGCUUUUGAAUUACACAUUCAUGUGAAAACGCAAACGAAUUACAUUCAUGUUUCUUACUCGAGUAUCGGCUAAUUUCCCAUGUAGCAGCAGCGCCAUCAAGGUGCUGUUCUAAUUCAGUAGGAUUUCCAUGUGAAUCGUCGAUUCCCCCCGACAAUAUGAGCACGUACGGUUUGACGACAUCAGAUUUAAUCUCACGGAGUGGAGAUAGUCCACCGUGAAUUGGGACGACGGCCUUGACACUCUCAAAAAUUCCCGACGAAAAUGCGUAAUCGAUGGCACCCGUUCCACCCAAACAAUACCCGGCUACGAAAAUAUGUGUUUCGUCAACCGAAGGGUGUGUAACAAGCAAGUCAACUGCCGCCUUAAUGCGGCCAACGAAAAGUUCUGGAUCACUUCGAUACUUCGUUGCUAGUACAAUUCGUUCUUGCAUAUCUUCUACAUUCGUGUGUUCCACACCAUAAAUAUCUGCGACCAUCGCAAUAUAACCACCUUCUUUGGCCAUCAUUACAGCACGUUCUGUUUCAUAUCCAGUUGGUCCAUUCACGCCAUCCCAAUCAGGCAGGACAAUGAUAGCUGGAACCUUUUGACUCGAUAGAGAAGUUGGCUUCGCCAUGAAGCCUUUAAGAGCAAAUCCGUUGUCAUCAUAUUCCAUAGUCUCUACCAUUAUAUCUUCUGUGAUCACUGUUUUUUUUUUGGCGAUCAUAGUUUCGUUAGAGGGAACGAACUCAAUAUCCACGGCAUCAUCGGUAUCCAUGACCGUGUAAUCCAAGUCUUUCAUCGGUUCUGUGGUUCCAAACUCAACUUCUCCGAAGCGCUCCUUUAAAAAUGUACCCAUCUCUUCCCAAGACCGUUUAUCAACCCAUUCGUUGUAUGCACGUCCUUUGAAAUUUGUAAACCCGUGCUUGACUCCUACAACACGGUGCAAAUCCAAUCAAAGCACAUAACAAAAGAAUAAAUAAUGAAAAAAUGU